UAAAGGCCACCUUAAUCCUCUGGGAGAAAAGUCAGGAGGCCCAGUGAUCUCAGAGGCAGACUGGAUAAAGACCCAGCAAGGCUGGCCUUGAUGCUCUGCUCCGUUACUGGGGCAACCAAGCUGCCUGACUCCUCCCCUAGCCCAGUGCUGUUGGUGGCAUUGCCCUAGCAACAGCCCAGAGCUUUACCUCAGCCAGGUAAUAACAACUGCGCCUCAUCUGACUCUCUUUCCGUACUGCCUAGAGGAUUCCGACUUAUUUAUUUCAAACCAAGUCCUCAUUGUUGCUUCCGAAGCAGACCUGGCUCCUUCCGGUCGUCAUGAACAUUGUCCUGUCCAGAGACAGUCAAGUUCGGGUGAUGGAGAACACAGUGAAGAACGCUGAGAAAUACUUUGGCCAGUUCUGUGUGCUGUUGGCUGCCUACACCCGGAAAACAGCCAGACUGCGAGAUAAGUCAGAUCUGCUCGUCAAGCAGCUACUAGAUUUUGCCAACACUGAGAAUCCUGAAAUGCACACCACCCUGAAGAACUUUGCAGAGGAGUUGGCCAAGGUGCAGGAUUAUCGGCAAGCAGAGGUUGAAAGACUUGAAAUUAAGGUCCUCGAUCCAUUGAGGCUCUAUGGGAUGCAGAUAAAGCAAACUCGUGCCGAGAUCAAGAAAUUCAAUAAGGUCCGAAAUAAUGAGAUCAAACAACUAGAAAAAUUGGACAGACUGAGGCAGAAGUCGCCUUCUGACCGACAUACCAUCUCCCAGGCUGAGACCAAUGUGCAGAAAGCUUCCGUGGAUGCGAGCCGUACCACCCACCAACUUGAAGAGACAAUCGAUACCUUUCAGAAGCAGAAACUGAAAGACAUCCAGAAAAUUUUCUCUGACUUUGUAACCAUUGAGAUGGUUUUUCAUGCCAAGGCUGUGGAGGUGUAUUCCAAGGCCUUCCAGAUCCUAGAAAACUAUGAUAUGGAAAGAGAUCUAGAGUGUGUUCCAAACAAGAAGCAGCCUCCUGCAGCCUGCCCCACCUGA